AUGAGUCUCACCGCCAAAGACAAAGCUGCCGUCAAAGCUCUUUGGGCCAAGAUCUCAGGAAAGGCCGAUGAAAUUGGUCAGGAUGCUCUUUCCAGGAUGUUGGUGGUCUAUCCCCAGACCAAAACCUACUUCUCUCACUGGAAGGACCUGAGUCCGGGCUCGGCCCCUGUGAGGAAGCACGGAUCGGUUGUAAUGGGUGGUGUUGGUGAGGCUAUCAACAAAAUCGAUGACCUUACUGGUGGGCUCCUGAGCCUCAGCGAGCUGCAUGCUUUCCAGCUGCGGGUUGACCCUGCAAAUUUCAAGAUUUUGUCCCACAACAUUCUCGUGGUUCUGGCUGCUAUGUUCCCCACCGAUUUCACUCCAGAGGCUCAUGUGUCUAUGGACAAGUUCCUCUCUGCUUUGGCUUUGGCUCUGUCUGAGAAGUACCGAUGA